CCGAACACAACCACAGUGACAUACAACAUGAUAAGCAGUAUUGAGAGACGAGGUGAUAGCUGUAACAACCUUCAAUUAACAUACCUACCAGCGUUGUUACAAACAGAAAUCGAGGACUCAAUGGCAAAUCAUAGAAAGACACCUCCAUCUUAUGAGGAACAUAUGCUAAGAUCCCGGUCACUGUCUGGCGGAAGCAAUGGUGCAGAGCAAGAAGAUCAAUCCAGUAUACUAACAGACAUCAUGGAAUGUAUUGGUUCAGAUAAACAAAUUGUACCUUCUGGUGAUAAUCCAGAAUUGAUUGAUGGGCCAAGCGCGAAAGAAAAUUUGCAACAAUUAGCAUCUUUAUUAGCAGGCAGUGGUCAAGUUCAGUUAUGGCAGUUUUUACUCGAACUUCUAACAGACAAUAAGAACUCUUGCUGUAUUAAAUGGGAAGGCUGUACAGGAGAGUUCCGAAUGACAAAUCCAGAGGAAGUUGCACGGCGAUGGGGACGACGUAAAAACAAACCAAACAUGAAUUAUGACAAGCUAAGCCGAGCUUUAAGAUAUUAUUACGACAAAAUGUUUCUGACAAAAGUCCAAGGAAAGAGGUAUACCUACAAAUUUAAUUUUAGAUUGUUACUACGAGCAAACAGAUAUUUAUGCGACGAGGAAAACUCCAGCGAAUGUUCAAGUAAUGACUACAGAAACUUUAUUGAAUCUUCCCCUCCCCCAGUGUACAGUGCGCAGUCGUGUGUCGGAACAACCCAAGAUCAUUAUGGAUUUAGUUCACUGCAUGGAAAUCUUCAAUCAUACUCAGGCUAUAGUACAAACUAUUUACAGAGAAACUGGUGUCUACAAGAAAACCAAGGCUUCCAAUAUCUGCCGUUUUCGGCACAGAACAACUGUUUACCAUAGCAAAUGAUGUAAUCUUUUUUCUGUAUUACGAAGGCAUAAAAUUAUGCAGGCAUUAUAUUGCAUGAAAGUUUCCAAAAUGAUUGUUCAAAGAACGAUAAUUGCAUUUACUAUAAAUGCUGACUGUUUAUACGUGGUGCAAACAAUGUAAGUUGAAAACGAGACUAAAUAUGACUUCCGCUGGAUGACGUGUACAAAUGGCAGUUUUUGGCAUAUACAU